AUGGCCGCUCCCACUGAGCCGUCUAAGCCGGCAUACCAGCCCCGGUACAUUGAUAUCGGCAUCAACCUGGCCGAUCCCAUCUUCAGAGGUCUGCACCAUGGCAAGCAACGGCAUCCCAACGAUCUCACCGGGGUCAUCUCAAGAGCAAAGGAGGUCGGAUGCACCAAGCUCAUAGUCACGGGGUCCGACUUCACAAGCUCCAGGGAUGCCUUGGAUAUUGCAAAAGACUACCCUGGCGUCGUGUAUACGACGAUCGGAAUCCACCCCUGCAGCAGCGCAAUUUUCAGCAGCUCGGAUGAGGCCGCAGAAGGCAUCAACACGGACCCGGACCCCGAAAAACCUAUCCCCGAGCACCACGAGCCGGAUCGGAAGAAGACAGUGGCCAUCAUAGCCGAGCUCCGUGCCCUCAUCAACGAGUCGACCACCUCCCAUUCCGGCGUCGUCGCCUUUGGAGAGUUUGGGCUCGACUACGACCGCUUACACUACUGCUCAAAGAAGGUCCAGAUCCACGCUUUCGCGGCGCAGCUUGAUCUCGUCCUCGAAACGAAGCCUCAGCUGCCCCUUUUCCUGCACUCCAGAGCUGCCCAUGCGGAUUUUGUCCGGUUACUCAAGGACAAGUUCGGGGACAAGCUCGAGAAGCUGGAGAAGGGUGGUGUUGUUCACAGCUUCACUGGUUCCAUGGAGGAAGCCAGGGAGUUGAUGGAUCUCGGCUUGUACAUUGGUAUCAAUGGCUGCAGUUUCAAAACCGAGGAGAACUGUGAGGUCGUCAAGCAGAUUGGCCUGGACAGGAUGAUGAUUGAGACCGAUGGUCCUUGGUGCGAGAUCAGACCGAGUCAUUUCGGCUACAAGUAUCUCAUUGAGAAGAAGCCGGUGGUCAACGGCACUGCGAACGGCGCUGCUAACGGCACUGUAACCCCGGACGCAGCUCAGAAGCCCCAACCCAAGAAGAAGAAUCAAAAGAAGGAGCACGAAGUACCAGAGCGCUUCAAGGUCGUCAAGAAGGAGAAGUGGGAGGAAGGUGCCAUGGUCAAGGGCCGGAACGAGCCAUGCAUGAUUGAGCGUGUAGCAAAAGCCGUCGCGGGCAUCAAGGGAGUGGAAGUUGAAGACAUUUGCGAGGCCGCAUGGAAGAAUACUGUCAAGGUUUUCGGCGUAGAAUGA